GGUUCUAACUGUGCAAUUAAAAAACCAUACCAUUAAAAUAUCAGAAUGAAAAUCAUAGAAUAAAUAGGAAUAAAAGGAUAUAUUUACACUAUAGUAAACCUGGUCCAUGCUAUGGACCAGGGUAUUAUAGUCUUUGCGUUGUUGCGUGCGAGAAGUUGUUUGUAACUGUCACGUGCUUUCCUAAUUAUAUAUAUGUUUUUUUUUUUAAUUUCCUUUUUCCCGGCUUUUGAACUUCUCACUCAACUUCUCUCUCUAAACUGUUUCCCAACUUCUCUCUGAAUUUCUCUCUCCAUUUCAAAUUUAAUUUCAGUGAUUAUUUUCAUCCAUUUGCAUCAAAUUACUCUUCCAAUCUUCUUUUUUCUAAAAAAUGGUGAAGAAAGCGGCACCGAAGAAUCCGGCAGCGAAGAAACCGGCAGCGAAGAAACUUGAAUUCGACAAUUCCGUCGCUGAAAUGGCUGUUGAAGCUCCUCGAAGGCGAGGAAGAAGGCCAAAUGCUGUUUCUGAAGAAAUUCCUGUUGCUAAGGAAUCUGUGUCUAUAAAGAAGAACAAAAAGGCUGGCAGUCCGAAAUCAAAAGCAAUUGCGCUUGUAUCUGAAAAAGAACCAAUUGAAGAAGAACAACCUAAUCAACUAGUUUUACAAAAUUCUUCUCUGGUUGACGUUCCACAGCCUGAAUCUCAUCAACUUCAUUCACAAGUUUUGAAAGAAGUUGGCGCUGAUGGCCUGCCUAUCGUGUUUAAUUUUGAUACACAAUGUUCAGGAGGAUCAUUGUGUAAAUUAAUUAAAGACUUCUCUCCUGAUCAAAAGGCAGCUGUUCAAGAGAUAGGGUUUGGAGGAUUGUUAGGCCUUCAAUUAAGUCGAAAAAACACUCAGAUGAUGUACUGGUGCAUCAAGUGCUUUGAUGGUGUGAGUUCUCUGUUUACAAUCAGUGAUUCCAAGCAAUUUGAAAUCACUGAUUAUGAUGUGUACGAUUUGUUUAUGCUCCCCCUUUCUGAGCUGGAGGUUGAAGGGGUUAAACGUGGGCGCAAUUCCACUAAUCCUGAUUUUGAUUUGAAGAUCAAGUGGAGAAAAGAGUUCGGUUUUGAAGAGGUCAAUGCUCAAAUUCCUAUAAGGUUGCUUGAGGACAAGAUUAAAUUGUUGACAGAUGGUGGUGAUCUGUUUAAACAAUUAUUUGUUUUUGUUGCUUUCUCUACAUUUUUUACUCCAACAGCCAAUAGGACUGUAGAUUUGAGAUUGGCUAAGGCUUUGGAAGAUCCUAAAAUGAUUUCCAAAUACAAUUGGUGUAAAUACGUUCUUGACGUAUUAUGUGAGGAAACAGUGAAAUUUAAAAAUAGUUUAUUGAAAGGCAAAGAUCAAAAGACAUUUGGAGGCUGUGUUGUGUUUUUGCAACUUGUGUAUUUUCAGAGGAUUAAGUUUAGGAAUUCCAGUGGUAUUCCUGAUCAAUUACCUCUUAUUCAGCAUUGGACAUCGAAGAUGGUAACCGAUCGGAUUCAUGCUGAAAAUGCCAAUAUGAGUGCAUUAUAUGGUUCUGGUAUAUUGGAGAAGGGGAAGUAUCCAAUUUCCAAAAAGUUUGUUUUUGUUGAUGGUCAAAUAGAUUUGACCCAAAUCAAAUCUAUUUCGAAAGAAAAUGAAGCAGGCAGCAGUGGGGGAAGAGCUGAACAGCCCUAUGUUGGGCGUCGAAUUCCAAGUCGGCGUCCUAGGAUUCUUCAGUUUGAAAUCCCUAAUUCUCAUCCUACAGAUGAAGAAAUUUUCUCUAAAGCCACUGAUGUAAGUUUAUUUUAUUAUUGA